GGCCGUGCCCGGAGGCGCGCGCCCGCGACUGCGCAGGCGCCUCAGGAGGAACUCAGCCUCGCCCCCUGUCCCUGGAGGUCUCCCCUCGCCCCCGAGGACCCGCGCGUGCCGGGUCCCGAGAGCGCCGCGUUCCGCGCGCUGGAAAGAAGCCGCGGCGGCGGCGGCGGCGGCGGGAACCCUGAUUGCUGCCCUUCACCGGGUUCAUUAUGAAGUUACUAGUAAUACUUUUGUUUUCUGGACUCGUAAUAGCUUGUAGAGGUAAUUUGCCACCCAAGUUACUACUGGUGUCCUUCGAUGGCUUCAGAGCUGACUAUCUGAAGAACUAUGAACUUCCUCAUCUCCAAAAUUUUAUUAAAGAAGGUGUCUUGGUAGAGCAUGUUAAAAAUGUUUUUAUCACAAAAACAUUUCCAAACCACUACAGCAUCGUGACGGGUUUAUAUGAAGAAAGCCAUGGCAUUGUUGCUAAUUCCAUGUAUGAUACAGUCACAAAGAAAUAUUUUUCUGACUCUAAUGACAAGGAUCCUUUUUGGUGGAAUGAGGCUGUCCCUAUCUGGGUGACCAAUCAGCUUCAGGAGAACAGAUCAAGCGCUGCUGCUAUGUGGCCUGGUACUGAUGUGUCCAUUCAUAAUACCACACCUUCCUAUUUUAUGAAUUAUAGCUCCUCAGUGUCCUUUGAAGAGAGACUAAAUAACAUCACUAUGUGGCUAAACAAUUCGAGCCCACCUGUCACCUUUGCAACACUCUAUUGGGAAGAACCAGAUGCGAGUGGCCACAAAUACGGACCUGAAGAUAAUGAAAACAUGCGCAGGGUGUUGAAAGAAGUAGAUGGUCUUAUUGGCAACUUAGUCCAAAAACUCAAGAUGUUGGGAUUGUGGGAAGAUCUUAAUGUGAUCAUUACAAGUGAUCAUGGGAUGGCCCAGUGUUCUCAGGACAGAGUGAUAAAUUUGGACUACUGCAUCAGUGAGUCAAGCUACACUCUUAUAGAUUUGAGCCCAGUUGCUGCAGUACUUCCCAAAAUAAAUAGAACAGUAGUUUAUGAUAAAAUGAAAACCUGUCACCCUCACAUGAAUGUUUAUCUCAAAGAAGACAUUCCUAACAGAUUUUAUUACCAACAUAAUGAUCGAAUUCAGCCUAUUAUUUUGGUUGCUGAUGAAGGCUGGACAAUUGUGCUAAAUAAAUCCUCACAAAAAUUAGGUGACCAUGGUUAUGAUAAUUCUUUGCAGAGUAUGCAUCCAUUUCUAGCUGCCCAUGGACCUGCAUUUCAUAAAGGCUACAAGCACAGCACAAUUAACAUUGUAGAUAUUUAUCCAAUGAUGUGCCACAUCCUGGGAUUAAAACCACAUCCCAACAACGGAACCUUUAGUCAUACUAAGUGCUUGUUAGUUGACCAGUGGUGCAUUAAUCUCCCAGAAGCCAUUGGGAUUGUUAUCGGUGCACUCAUGGUGCUAACCAUGCUAACGUGCCUCAUAAUAAUCAUGCAGAAUAGACUCUCUGCACCCCGUCCGUUCUCCCGCCUUCAGCUACAAGAUGAUGAUGAUGAUCCUUUAAUUGAGUGACACAUGUUGGGGUUUAUACAAAGUGUCUUUGAUGAAUCACAAAACUAAGGAUUCAUCCAUGGAAUGGUGUUGCAACUAUGAAAAAGAAUACUUUGGAAGACAAAGAACAAGCAUGCUAAAAUCAUUUUGUUUUGUUUGUCCUUGUGUUUUCUUUGGUGACUUUGCUAAUGCAAAUAACCCUUGACCAUAGUAAAAUUGCUAGUAAAUCAUUACUUAACACCAUCUAUGUCUCUAACUAAAAAUAGCUUUUGGGAAAAAUACUCCCUUUUGCCUUCCUUUUUUUUUUUUUUUUUUGCAUUGAAUAUAUAAUACAUCCUUAAAUGAAAUACAUCAAAAUUUAGUAGGCAUGCUUCUCUAACAAAUGUAUAUAUUUGUAAA